UUCACUUUAAGCGUUAACAAUGCGAAUAAGAUAAAAGCUUGUCAAGCUUGAACCUCAUUUUACCAUCGCUUGAGGGGACGUCGUUAAAAGUGGGGAAUUAUCUUGAAGAUAUAUACGCUGACAUCAAUAGUAAAGUUACUGUGUGGUGCUGCAGUGAUCCGGAUUAAGUCGAAUCAAAAUGUGGUUGUGUAAAUUACUACCGUUGGCGCUUUUCUUAAAAGUUGCAAACAGCAAUGGAAUCAGUUACGAAGCUCAAAUAUCAAGUUUUUCCAACGAAAUAGAGAACUGGGUAAUAUCUGGAGAAGAAUCCGAGAUAUUCAAAAAUUUUAUUCAUGAUUUCGCUAUUCCAACCAGUUUGCAACGUGACAGUUGGCGUAGUUUCACCGGUGAAAGAAGUGCAGGUGUUUGCACAAUAUGUCGAUCUGUCUUGAAGGCUUUUCUAAAACUUCGCAGACAAGGCAUGCCAGAAGACACUCUAAGAAGUAAAGGGAUUCGUUUUUGUACUGCGAUGAACAUUCAAACCGAACGAGUCUGCGUUGGUGCGAUAACUCUCCAUUUGCCAACGAUUCUGUACAUCGUAGAUGCAAAACCGAAUCUGACAGAAACCACGAUUUGCGGAGUUCUGUUGGAAUCACAAUCUUGUCCGCUUACUGACGAUGAGUAUAAUUGGACAAUCACCAUCGACAAUGAUCCUCCGACGCCAGUUCAACCAGAAGACAGCGAUGAUAUUAUAAAUAUAGUGCACAUAACGGAUAUUCAUUACGAUCCCAAUUACGAACCUUACGGCAAUUCGGAUUGCGGGGAGCCGACGUGUUGUCGAAGAGGACAAAACGAUACGAAUGUAAGUGGCAAAUUAGCGGGCCACUGGGGAGAUUACAACUCUUGCGACAGCCCGUGGCAUACCGUUGUCGACGUCUUGGAUCACAUUAAGGCUACGCAUGAAAAUAUCUCCUACGUUUAUUUCACUGGUGAUAUAAUAGACCACGGCGUUUGGGAAACCUCUGUCGAGGCAAAUAUGAAAAGUCUUAACAAAAGCUAUCACCAAAUUUACGAAACAUUCCGAAACAUCCCUGUGUACCCCAUUCUGGGCAAUCAUGAAUCACAUCCUGUGAAUCAAUUUCCACCUACAAGUGUCACUGCCAGCGAGAUAAAUAUACAAUGGCUAUACAAUAUGAUGGCUGAUUUAUGGAUUAAUGAGGGAUGGUUACCGGAAUCUACUCGUUCCACCAUUCUAAAAGGUGGAUACUACACCUUUUCGCCGAAAAAAGGAUUUAGAAUCAUCGCCUUGAACAAUAAUGUGUGCUAUUGUGACAAUUGGUGGUUAUGGUAUCAACCAAAGGAUCCUGAAGGCCAAUUACAGUGGUUAGCCGAUACGCUUCUGCAAGCCGAAAAGAACGGCGAGCUUGUGCACAUAUUAGCGCACAUUCCAGUCAGCAGCAAUGAGUGUCAAAGCACGUGGAAAAGAGAAUAUCUUAAGAUUGUUGACAGAUACGCCCAUAUUAUUCGGGCCCAAUUUAACGGCCAUACACAUAACGAUGAAUUGCAGUUGUAUUACAGUAGCAGCAACAACACGAGGAUUAAUAAUGUGGCCUGGACUGGUGGUAGCGCAACUGCUUUCUCGAAAUUAAAUCCCAACUAUAAAGUAUAUGCUAUUGACAGUAACAAUUAUUUGGUGAAGGACUUUGAGAACUGGAUAUACAACUUGACUUUGGCAAAUGAGAACGCUGAUCAGCAUCCUAAAUGGUACAUGUCGUACUCAUUUAAAAAAGAAUAUAAUAUUUCUGACUUGUCAUACGAUUCAUUAAACACUUGGUUUACUCGACUAACAAAUGAUGAGAAUCUACUAAGCAGCUAUUACAGGCACUUUUUCAAACUUGCCGAACCAUCGCUGAGGAAAGAAUGCGAUUCGAAGUGUAUGAAGACUUACACGUGCCGUAUAAUUGCAUGUUUAGAACCUAAGUCACAUUGCAAUUAAAUGUGAACAUUGUAUUAUCUCAAAUAUUAAUCAUAUGUAACGAUUUAAUUUCAUGUAGUAUUAUCGCAAUGUAAUGCAGUGAAAAUGUUGCAGAAAGAAUAACAUUUUAUAAAAAUUUCAA